AUGAUCCUGGAUUCCUGGUGUUGGUGUUGGACUGUUGGUAGUGCUGUCAACUCUACUAUUGGUAGUGAUGAUAGAUUUGGUGUUGGUAGGGCCUUGAUUGUCAUCGAGGAUCAUUCACUUGCCAUUGUCUGGAGUAGGGAGGAUGUGCUGAUGUUCCUGUGGUUUACUGCAUUCUUCAUACAGACCCCGAACCCUUAUCAGUAUCCUAUUGGGAAGAAAGUAUGCAGCUGUAAAUCCUUGUUUUUGCUUCUGCCAUGGCAACUCUCUGGGACUGUAUAUCAUCUUAGAGUCUAUGCGCAGUUGCGCACUCUACUUUCUGAUGAGGAUGAGUUCAGCUUGAUCAAAGAUCGAGAGCAAUGGGUUGUGGGUAUUAUGCCCGUUGUCACUUUGGUGAAAUUGCUUCUGAUGCUUUAUUGCCACACUGCUGCUGUAGUUUUAUUUGAUGCUUUGCUAGAUUAG